GCCAAUAUCAAGGCACAUACGGUAUAGAAAAACAGCCAUUCACACUCACGUUUCAAACCUAAAAAAUGUGAGUCAGACGUGCAGUCCACUGCUGCCCUGGAAAUGGAAUACAGUAUAAAAAUUAUAAUGACCUGCUCCAAAUUCUCAGUGUGCUCGCAGACCUACUCUAGUAAAGUUGAUGUAAAAUUAUUUAUUUUGCUUUGAGCCAAACCAUCUUCACAGCGAGACAAGCCAAUGCUUUGCUUUGGUUUUGAACAAAUUCCUCAAAACUGGAUGGCCUCAAAAUGACACCCACACACACAAAUGCGUGGACAUGCACACAGAGUAAACUGAGGCCAGAAAUUCUUUUGUCAGAACUCCGAGAUGACUAAAUCCUGGGAGGCCUUCCUCUCUUUCUCAACUCCUCCUUUCUGGCAGACUGCUGAGUCACACUUUCGAUGUCUCUAUCUCGUUUUCCUUCUCUUCAUCCUGCAAUGUCUCACUUUCAAAACCCAAUCAGUUCUCUCUUAAAUUCCUCCUGCUUCAAAUAUUUCGUAGGAUUUUAAAUCAUUCCGUGACUUUUUUUUAAUCAUGUGACCUCUGUGUGGGCUGUACGCAUGCAUUUGCAUAAGCAAUAUAGUUGUAAGAGCUGGUUAAGUUCAUUAGAUGUGUGUGUGGGUUUUGGUAAAAAGGGUUCAUCUUAUGCCUGCUGCCUGUGUAUACACGAUAAUAGUCGUUUUCUGCAUGCAGGGCUCCAAUUAGUGUUCUUGUUUUUCUAUUUUUUUUGGGUCUCAUCUUUUUUUGCUGCCCUUUCUUCCAGAGACCAAGAACCUAUUACGGGAUGUUUUUUGCCUAGCUGUAAUUUUUGUUUUAGUAUUACCACUUCUUGGUAGACCCCCAAGACACAUUCCCAGAAGGCUCAAGACAAGAAACAGACGCAGAGAUGAUUGCAGAAAAUAUUUGGCAGACUGACCCGACAAAAAAAGAAAAAAAAAAAAAAAGAAAAGAAAAUCUUAACCCAAGGGGCGGGGGGCAGGGGGGUGAAGAAACAAAAACACACCUAACUAAACUGCAAUGACAACAGGGGUUCGGAUAGCAAAAUAUGACCACUGCUUUCUUGGAAGAAUGAAACUAUCAACUUUAAUGUCAUAUCAGUGGUCUGUGGCACUGUUUGAGAAUUUUGGCAUGUGUUAUUCCACUUGCUUUGCACUUGUCUUUGUAUGAAAAUAGUUUAAAGCACUCUCGGUAAAAGAAUAAAUUACCAUGAGGUUUAUUUCUUAACUUCAUGUAAUUGUUGACCGACUUAUCUGUGUGGUGAAGCCAUAUUAUGCCACAAUACUGUCGGCUCUGCGGGCCUCACUUUAUCAUUGAAGACCUUUGGGAGUGGAUUGGUUAUUCUACCUCAUACUUAAAUACUUGUGCAAUGGAAUAUUUUGAUCAUCACAAGUUUAUUAUUGUUAAAAUUUCAUUCACAGUGUUUGUUGUUGAUAUUACUUGUUGUUCUUAAGUUGCUCGUCCGUCCAUCCAGCCAUCCACCACUGUUGACGCUGGAGUCUAUCCCAACUGACUUUGGGCCAGAGGCAGUUUACACAACGGACUGGGUCGCCAUCUAAUCACUGGAUUGUCGAGGGGUAGGAGGAGACACACAUUUAAGUUUACAUUUUGGUGAAAGUCCAGAUGAAGGAAGAGAUUGCAAAAUUAAUAUUUUGCUUUUCACUGUUAUGGUCCUCUUUGGUUCCCACCCUCACUUAUGGUCACAGGCUGUUAGUUGUGGCCGAAAGAACUAGAUCUUGGUUACAAGCGGUCAAAAUUUGUGUCUGGGCUCUCCUUUAGCGAUAGAGUGACAAACUCGUCAUCUCAGAGUAGAGCCACUGCUCCUUCACAUUGAGAGAAGUCAGAUGAGGUGGCUCGGGCAUCUGCUCAGGGUGCCUCUUGGACAUUACCUUGGUAAGAUGUUCUGGGCACGUCCCACAGGGAUGGGGGCCAGGGGAUGACCCAGGUCAUGCUGGGAUGUCUGUCUCGCAGCUGGCCUGGGAAGACCUUGCGAUUCCCCUGGAAGAGCUGGAUGAAGUGGUUGGGGAGAGAGAAGUCCCUGCUAAAACUGCUGCCCCUGCCACCUGACCCCAGAUAAGUGGAAGGAAAUGUGUGGAUGGAUGGAUAAAAAAUGCUAAAUCUGUCGUAUAGAUACAGUAAUAAGAAAAAUUUAUUAGAAUUCUUCAAGAUUUUUGGCAUGGCCUGAACCCUUUAUCCCACUUAAAUAGAUCCUCCCCUGCACAGAGACUAAAAGAGAUGUCUGUUUCUAUUUUAAUUGUUUUAUUCUCAUCUUUGUAUAUCAAAAAGAAGUUCUGUGUAAAACCACUGUAUUAUUAGCUGUAGUAGUAGCAGUUGUCAGGGGGGUCACACGCACAGAUUCCAACACCCACACUGUCACACUGCCCCCAUCCCAUUUUUGUUUCAAUUUAAAGUAGCCAUUUCAAAUAUUAUUUAAUUUUUGGUAUUUGUGGCCUGCUAAAAAAAAACGAGCCGUAAAUGGCCCAUGCACCGUACUUUGGACACCCCUGCUCUAGAUGGAUACUGCAAACAGAUAGCUAGACAGUAUAAGAGCCAAUUUCUCAAUAUUGGCGGCAAACAUAGAGCAUUGUACGUGUUAUUGUUAUUUUCGUCUUAAAUUAGCAUCAUACAGCUACUCCACAACCAGACUCCUCCACUAUCAGCACGUGACUGGGAGGGAUGUAGCAAGGGAGAGCGAGGCAGGGCGGGCGAGCGAGAGUGACAGCAAGCGUGGCUGAAAACGAGUGCAUCUGUGUAUGUCUGCACAUGUGAGUCUCUGCGUGAGUUGGGGUUCAUGCACAGAGCACCCAACAUCCAUCUAAUGCUAUUGCUGUGGAUCAAGUCAACCCCAGUCCCAUGCACACAUACAUGCCAAUCACAUCUUUACAACACCUCACUCUUGGCUCUGAUUCGACCUUGAACACACCCAUCAGGGUGAUCCUGUCAAAAAGCGUGACUCUUAAAUGUCAAGCAUACACCUGUGAGUGACGGCUGCUUGAGCUGAGGAUGAACAUUACCUGCAGGUGGGGUAAGAUUGAUUUGCGUGCAGGGCAGGUGGGCAGUGCAAAAGCCUUCCAUAUUGUGGUGCCGACCGUGGGAAUUGCAGUGUUAUGUAAUGGCCCAACAUACUCAGCAUAUGCAUCGAGUCAUACAGCCACGGGCAGUUUGUUGGGUGGACUCCUCGCCGUUCUAACAGCACUUCUUCAGUGCUUGUGCCAUUAGCAUUGUGUUGCUUGCAUAACCGCAUCCUCGGCUCUGAGAACCCAGAGGAAGCAUGUGACCACAGAGAGGGUUCCUUAACACUGAGGGGAGGGGGAGACUAUUUCUUGUCACUCCCUCAUUUUUCCCUAUAUUUUUCUUCUUAGCAGCAAAGGGACUUUUUUCCUAUCAUUAUUAAGUUGACAUGGACAAGGACAACUGCUCCACUGAGGAUAGUGACUGUCAAAAAUAAAAGGGCAAGAAUAAAUCUGCUAGCAGUCUGUUAAUUAUUGUAUAUAAAUGGCCCCUAUGGGGGGACCACAGGGAGAAAAACAACAUCUGGGCAGGUGCUUGGAAAAGAACUUCAUGCCCACUAACAAUCAUAAACCAUGUGUGCUACAUACUGUACUGUAAGGAAUAACCUGCCCAAACAGUCACAUGCUCAAGCACGCUCACACUUGCAUGCUUGAGGUGAUGCACAUGAGCUCAGCCAUAGACAACGCACGUCUUUGCUAAACCGAACAGUCCCUUGAAAGCCAAAAGCACGAGUUCCCAUAUACUGUACGUGUGUUGUAGAUAUUCGGGGUAUAUGAGCAAAUGCUGGCAAGUGGUUUGCUCAGCACAAAUCAGGACGAAAAGGGAUGAAAUUCAAAGAGUUGUGAGCCCACCAGAGAUUUUGCGUUGCCACGGAGACGAGCGAGUUACCACAUUUCACUUGCUGUUUCCUGAACUCCAUCUGUCAUCAUGGUCACGCUUAAGUUGUGGCCAUGUUAUCAUGUUUUGUUUAAUUGAAGCUUGUUAAGAUUAGCUGUCAAUGACACACAGCAUACACAUACAGUCAUCAGGCACGACAUUUGGUCCCCCUGCAUGGGUAAAUACGAACCAAGACGAUAAUAUUGCUCACUUUCUUGACACCAUUAGAGGUAUUCAUUUUUCAAUAUGUGCUUUACUCUAUUUGGCGGUUCCAUUGCACGGUAUCAUAUUUGCUAUUAUUUUGGCUCUCACAUGUUAAUUGACAUGCUUAAUAUGAUGCCAGGGCAUGUCUAGCCGCUGUAAGUAAUAAACAAUUUCGGAAAUGAAUAUCCCAUGAACAAUUUUAGUCAUAGUUGAAGAUCAUUAUCUUUGCAAAGGCUGAUCAGAUGUUUUUCAUGCAGCUCUAUAUGCAUACCUUGUGUGUCUAUAAAUUGCCAAGCUUGUUGUUGCACUCCCGGGGAAGAAAAGAGCCCAAAUGAGGGUGCAAACACCCCGACAAGCCCAUAUUAAGCGCUGCUUGCAUGAAUAUUGUUCAAGCGUCACAUGAGCCAGCAAGCGGCUGCACGUGCAGAGCGCACGGCAUCUCCAGCGUGAGAGGAGGCGCCGGCUAGUGCGCAUGUUUGAGAGCCACGAGAUAGAAAGAGAGAGAGAGAGCAAGCCACCGUCCACACACUUUUCCUCUGGUGUUUGCUGCAGUUGGUUCACAAUAGGUGAAAACGGAUUCGGAGUCGCUGAGGCAGCUCAUGCCAGAAGGGAUCAGGUUUGGUGUUUCAGCACUGGACAGCUCUCCACUUGAGUACUUGAUGUGGCAAUCUGGCUCAGCUGAUGGGAAGCUCAGACAUGUAGGACUUUGUUCCACAAGUGCUGCCAAAUUGGAGCCUCGAAUGAUGACCAUCCCCGAGUUCCUCCUGGAAGUGUCCAUCGUUGUGAUGGCUGUUGUUUCCGUGGUGACCAACAUGUCAGUGCUGCUGUGUUUCACCCAGAGCUCAGAGUUGAGGUCCCAUGUCCCAGGAGUAUUUGUCCUGAAUUUGUCUUUUUCCAACAUCCUCCUCGCUUUCAUCAACAUGCCCUCCACCUUUUUCGGUGUGGCCAAAAGCGGAGAGCCCUUUGGGAACUUGUUCUGCCAACUGGUCGGCUUUGCCGAGACUUUCCUCACCACCAACAGCAUGCUGAGCAUGGCGGCUCUCAGCCUGGACAGAUGGAUCGCCGUCAUGUUUCCUCUGAGCUAUUCCAGCAAGAUGCGCUACCGGGAUGCCAUCCUGAUGGUGCUCUACUCCUGGCUGCAGUCCCUCACAUUCUCUCUCACUCAGCUGCUCAUGGACUGGGGAGGCUACAACCCUACAUACGCCUCGUGCACCGUUCACCUGACCACAGAGGGAAGGUCGCAGCUGGCCGCCUAUGCCACCUUCACCGUGCUACUUCACUGCAGCAGCUUCACUUUCAGCCUGGCCGUGCUGUGCUUCUCCUACCUCAAAGUUUUGAGAGUGGCCAAGUCCCACUGCAAGAGGAUCGACGUCAUCACAGUGCAGACUCUGCUCCUGUUGGUUGACAUUCACCCCAGUGUGAAAGAAAGGUGUUUGGCAGAACAGAAGAAGAGGAGGCAGCGGGCCACGAAGAAAAUCUGCAUUUUCAUCGGUUCCUUCGUCUUCUGCUAUUCACCGUAUGUUAUAACAAGGUUAGUGGAGUUGUUGCCCUCUGUGCACAUCCCGCAGUACUGGGGCAUCACCACAAAAUGUUUGUGCUACGCGAAGGCUUCAAGUGAUCCCUUUGUCUACUGUCUCCUGCGACAUCAGUACAGAAAGGUCCUGAUACGUAUCAUCGCCUGCUUUUUGAGAAAGGAUCAUUACUUGCUGUCUGCCAGCAGCUGGAGCAGCACAUUUGAUACCACAGAGGACAAUUGCGCCAGAACAACUUGAAUUCAGUGUGCAGCUCCUUCUAAUGAGGCGGCAACUUGCACCCCUUCUGCUCAAUGUUUGUCUGGAAGUAGCUCCAGAGCAGAUGGAAGGGAACCCGUACGUUGCUCAAGGACACUUUCACUGAGGGCUUGGUCAUGUGCUUCGUGAAGACAAAGUGUGACCAUUUUAUUUAUUUAUUUUUUGGUGUCAAGGACAUGGAACAAUAUAUGCUGAAUGCAGGCACGCACUGUUGUGAUGUGCGCCAACCAUCCUUUGAAACACUACAGACUGUUGAUUUCCAUAGGGCUGAUCAGUUUGCCUGCAGAGGCACUUCCAAGGACUUCUUCAUACAAGCAAAUGUACACAUUAUACAGUAUGCAUUUACAUCAUAAAUGUUAUUGUACUGCACACUACUAACUAUGUUGAAUUUGUAAAGAAAUGUUAUUUCAUUGCAUAAUAUCAUAUUGCAUAGACAACAAUGAAAUUGACAUGAAAUAUUGUGUCCUGUGCCAUGCGUUUGAAAUUGUGUGAUUCUACCAUAUGACAACAUAAAUACCUGUUUAAAGAAUAAACUGGCACUUAAUCAAGUAAAAACAUGCCGGUCUGUGUAUAAAUACGUUGAGAAAUGCUCUUGUUUACCCCACAAAAAUUGAGAAUACUAU